UAUGAUCAAUGACAAUAAUUAAUAAGAAUAAUCAUAAUAUAGUAAUAACACAGUGAUUUUAGAUACGAUAGACCUUACAUUUUGUCAACUUUAUCCCCAAAAUUACUUUAAAAACAAAUCAAAAUCUAUUUUAUUGACGACCCUGAAACGAAUGCAUGAACAUUUAAGAGCAACAUUAUUUUCUGUGGAGCUAUAUAUUCAUACAUGGAAAAUCUGCACUAUUAUAAUUAUAUUUCCAAAAACAUAUACUCAAUCUUUGCAUGAAAUGUUACCUGUUAUAACAUGGUAUUUCAUAUUUUAAGAGAGAUUUAAGUUUAUGUUUAUAAUUAAUGCUUAUAGUUAUUAAGUAUUGCGUUGCAUUAAACACAUGUUACUGUCAUGUUAAGUUAAUGUAGUGUCAUUAUUUCCCUUUUAUUCCUCACUAAACUAAAGGUAUGUGACUAAAAGUUACUGUUUUCAUUUGUGUUUUUUUUUCAAAUUGCAAUUUAUUACAGACUUCAUCACAAACACAAGUAAAGAACAUGUUAGAUUUGCUUCUUGUUUUAUUUGCUUUUGAGACAAUAACAAAGAGCCAUUCAUCUGCAUGUCUGUGUCUUCUGUUGCAGCUCUCUAAUGGUACUGUCUUCCCAGGGAGGUCACCACCACAGCCAGGAACUUCUGGAAAGCUGCCUGCACUUCAGCAGUGAACUCUUUACGCAUCCGAGAAGCGACCACGACGGUGAGACAGUCAGACAACAGCUGCAACACAACAAGCACCAGAGAACAUCAGCAACACGAAGAGCCUAUCUUGGAGGAGGUUCCUGGGCGUGUCAGUGCUCUGUUUUCAGCAUAAAAACCCCUGCAGUUUGGGUUGUUGAGUGCAUUCAGCAAUCAACCAGCAAUAUGACCAGUCUUACUGCUAGAGACAAGGAGACAGUCCGAGCCUUCUGGGCUAAAGUGGGUGAUUAUAGGGAAGACAUCGGCGCCAAUGCUUUGUCCAGGUUGCUGGCGGUGUACCCGCAGACCAAGACCUACUUCGCCCACUGGAAGGACCAGAGCCCCACCUCUGCCUCUGCCAGGAAGCACGGAAUCACUGUGAUGAACGGAGUUGGAUUGGCUGUGUCCAAAAUCGACGACCUGAAAGGAGGUCUGCUGGACCUCAGUGAGCUGCACGCCUUCACCCUGCGUGUGGAUCCUGCCAACUUCAAGAUUCUGUCCCACUGCAUCCUUGUGGUCAUGGCCAUCAUGUACCCCGAGGAAUUCACCCCUGAGGUCCAUGUGUCUCUGGACAAGUUCCUGGCUGCUCUGGCUCUGGCCCUGGCUGAGAAAUACAGAUAA